AUGGCUACGCCGGCACCUGCAGAGGACCAGGCGCGUCUUCUCGAGGAUGCCCUGAUUGCCGUGCGGCAGCAGACGUCGCUCAUGCGCAACUCGACCCUCGUCUCGGAACUGCGCACCAGCAGCCUCGGACCCAAGCAGUACUACGAGCUCUACAUGUCCGUCUUCGACGCCCUGCGCUACCUGUCCGUCCACCUCCGCGAGAGUCACCCCGUCAACCACCUGGCCGACCUGUACGAGCUGGUCCAGUAUGCCGGAAACAUCAUCCCGCGCCUGUAUCUCAUGAUUACGGUCGGCACAGCCUACAUGUCGGUCGAGGACGCGCCCGUCAAGGAGCUGAUGAAGGACAUGAUGGACAUGAGCCGCGGCGUCCAGCACCCCAUCCGCGGCCUGUUCCUGCGCUAUUACCUGUCCGGCCAGGCUCGUGAUUUUCUGCCCUCGGGCGACGGCGACGGUCCGGAGGGAAACCUCAGCGACUCCAUCAACUUUGUCCUCACCAACUUUGUCGAGAUGAACAAGCUCUGGGUCCGCCUGCAGCACCAGGGCCACUCGCGCGAGCGUGAGGCCCGCCUCCGCGAGCGCAAGGAGCUUCAGCUUCUCGUCGGAAGCAACAUUGAGCGCCUAAGCCGCCUAGUCGACCUCGAGACCUACAAGACGUCCAUAUUGGGCCCCCUCCUCGAGCAGGUUGUCCAGUGCCGCGACGUCCUCGCCCAAGAAUACCUCCUCGAGGUCAUCACCAAGGUCUUCCCCGACGAGUUCCACCUGCACACCCUCGACCAGUUCCUUGGCGCCGUCUCCCGCCUCAACCCUCACGUCAACGUCAAGUCCAUUGUCAUCGGCCUCAUGGACCGCUUGUCUGAGUACGCCGAGCGCGAGAACCCCGGCGGCAUUUCGGGCACCGUCAACGGAGAUGACCGUGCCAAGUCCGAGGCCGAUGCUCUUGCGAGCCUUCUCGAAAAGAUCAAGCUGCAAAAGGAGACGGCCGAGCGGCAGAAAGCUGCAUCGGCAGCGACCGGCACGAACGGCGAUGGACAGACGCCAGUAGACGGGGACGACCAGGCGGUGUCGCCGGACGGCGCUACAGAAGAGGAGGGCGACAGCAAGGACGUAGACGAGUCCGACGAAACAGCAGCCGCAUCUGUUGCCGAAAACGAGUCGACGGCUGUCAAUGGCCAGGAUGAGGAGGGGCAGGACGAGGGAGGCGCCGAGAAGACCAAUGGCGGUGCCAUUCUGGCCUCUGUCCAGCUGUACGAGGUCUUCUUUGGGCAGGUCAAGAACCUGGUUGAGGUCCAGCAGCUGCCUAUUCAGGAUGUCAUCGCGCUCCUCGUGUCGCUGGCCAACCUGGCCCUCAAAAUCUACCCCGACCGCCUUGACUACAUUGACCAGACACUCAUGUACGCCGCAGCCAAGACGCGCGAGCACAUGAACAGUGCCGACCUUCACUCGACACCCGCUCAGCAGAGUCUCCUGGCGCUCCUGCAGGCGCCGCUCAACCGAUACACGUCCAUCUUCACGGCGCUCUCGCUUCCCACCUACGUGCCGCUAUUCCAGGCCCAGACGUACCCGACGCGGCGGGCGGUGGCAGGCGGAGUGGCGCGCGCCCUUAUACGCAACCAGACCAAGAUCUCGAGGACGGACCAGCUGGAGAACGUGCUCGAGGUGCUAUCAGUGCUGAUCAAGGAGGGCACGCAGACGCCCCAGGGCUACCCUGGCGGCCCGCAGAGGCGGGCGGUGGAGACGGACGAGACGCUGGAGGAGCAGGGAUGGCUGGCACGGAUGGUGCACCUGCUCCAGGGUGAGGACAACGAUACGCAGUUCAAGCUGCUGCAGAUGACGCGCAGGGCCUUUAGCGAGGGCGGGGAGCGGAUCCGGACGACGACGCCCCCGCUGGUAACGGCGUCGCUGAAGCUGGCGCGGCGCUUUAAGCUGCGCGAGCACUUUGAAGACAACUGGGAGACGCAGAGCAACGCCCUUUUCAAGUUCGUCCACUCGUCGCUCAGCACGCUGUACGAGCGGGUCAACAGCGCAGGCACGGCGGAGCUGUCGCUGCGUCUGUUCUGCGCAGCGGGCCAGACGGCGGACAUGGUGGGCUUCGAAGAGGUGGCGUACGAGUUCUUCGCGCAGGCCUUCACCAUCUACGAGGAGGCCGUGUCGGAUUCCAAGGCUCAGUUUCAGGCCGUGUGCGUCGUUGCCACGGCGCUGCACCAGACGCGCAACUUUGGACGUGAGAAUUACGACACGCUCAUCACAAAGUGCGCUCAGCACGGGAGCAAGCUUCUCCGCAAGCCGGAUCAGUGCAGGGCCGUCUGCCUGGCUAGUCACCUCUGGUGGGCGACACCCGUGGGGACGAAUGGCGAGACGGAGGAUACAGAGCUCUAUCGUGAUGGAAAGAGGGUACUCGAGUGUCUUCAGCGUGCGCUGCGCGUUGCAGACUCUUGCAUGGACACUGCGGCGUCGAUUGAGCUGUUUGUCGAGAUCCUGGAUCGCUACAUCUUUUACUUUGAUCAGCAGAACGAAUCGGUCACCACCAAAUACGUCAACGGUCUCAUCGAGCUCAUCCACUCCAACUUUGCUAGCAACCAGCAGGAAUCGGCAUCGGUCGAAAGCAGCAGAAAGCACUUCAACCUAACGCUGGAGAAUAUCAAGAGCAGACAAUAUGAGGGAGUAGUCUUGUACCCGAGCUGA